AUGGCUCGCCCCAUGGGGUCAGUUCGUUUGAAAAAGGCGAACCCAGUGACCCUCCUUCUUGGCGCAGUGCUGUGCAUCUUCAUCAUCGUCUUCCUCGUCGGGCCCUCCAAGUCGAUCACGGCAGAGCCGUCUGGUACCGCCUCUCACCACCUAUCACCGCCAACCGCGCCCUAUCGAAAGAAGGCAAAGGGCGACACAAGGCCACCGCCGGUCGUCCACUACAACCUCAACAAUGUCACCAUCACAACCGAUCCCAUUGGCAACCGCGAGUCCGUUCUGAUCUUGACGCCAAUGGCUCGUUUCUACCAGGAGUAUUGGGACAACCUGCUGAGCCUCAGUUACCCCCACGACCUUAUUUCGCUCGGCUUCAUUUUGCCCAAAACCAAGGAAGGAAACGCUGCGACGGCGGCGCUGCAGGAGCAGAUCACCAAGACUCAACGCUCAGACAAGAACCGCUUCAAGAGCAUCGUCAUACUACGGCAAGACUUCGAGCCGGCCAUUGCAUCCCAGGAUGAGAGCGAGCGGCACAAGAUGGAGAACCAGAAGGCCAGGCGGGCAAGCAUGUCCAAGGCCCGCAAUUCGUUGCUGUUCACCACCCUAGGACCCCAGACAUCCUGGGUGCUGUGGCUUGAUGCCGACAUUGUCGAAACGCCGCCGUCCCUCAUUCAAGAUCUGGCAUCGCACGACAAAGCCGUCAUUGUCCCCAACUGCUUCCAACGGUUUUUCAACCCCGAGACCAAAAAGAUGGAGGAGCGACCAUACGACUUCAACAGCUGGCAGGACAGCGAGAUAGCACAGAAGAUGGCCGAGACAAUGGGCCCCGACGACAUUCUACUCGAGGGUUACAAGGAUAUGCCAACGUACCGUGCAUUGAUGGCGUAUCUAGGCACUGAUGAAAACGACAAGAAGAUGGAAAUUCCCUUGGACGGCGUUGGCGGCACUGCGUUACUCGUCAAAGCGGACGUCCACCGCGACGGCGCCAUGUUCCCGCCCUUUUCCUUUUACCACCUCAUUGAGACGGAGGGUUUCGCGAAAAUGGCGAAGCGCCUGGGCUGGCAGCCGUUCGGGCUCCCAAACUACAAAGUCUAUCACUACAAUGAAUAA